AACACGUGAGCUCUUUUUGCAGUCUGCUCGCUGGCGAUUGCGAUUCCCACCAGUCCCCCAGCCCCAGGCACGAAACCUAACCCACCCAAGCGGCAACCAUGGAGCCCUCCCCCGUCGGCGCCAGCGGCUCGGCGGAGCGGUGGCGCGCGGAGGCGGCGCGGGCGUUCCAGCACUACCUGGACCGCUCGGCGCCGCACACGGCGGGGCGGUGGGCGGGCACGCUCGUGGCCGCGGCGGUGUACGCGCUGCGGGUCUACUACGUGCGGGGCUUCUACGUCGUCACCUACGGGCUGGGCAUCUACCUGAUCAACCUCCUCAUCGGCUUCCUCUCCCCCAUGGUCGAACCGGAGCUCGAGGCCGGGCCCGGGCUCCCAACCAGCGGCUCCGACGAGUUCAAGCCCUUCAUCCGUCGCCUCCCCGAGUUCAAGUUCUGGUAUGCCGUCACAAAAGCCUUUUGCAUUGCCUUUGUCAUGACCUUCUUCUCUGUAUUCGACGUUCCUGUCUUUUGGCCAAUACUUCUCUGUUAUUGGAUUGUGCUUUUUGUCCUGACAAUGAAGCGACAAAUUGUGCAUAUGAUCAAGUACAAGUAUGUCCCAUUCAGCAUAGGAAAGCAGAGGUAUGGCGGAAAGAAAGGCCCUGCCGCCAGUGCAUCUAAGGAGUAAAGACGGAGGGAGGGUGUGGGACCUCGAGAGCAGUGCAUGUGCUAUCUUUGAGGCAUCCUGCUGGCAUGGUGGUAUUUUGAGUACCAGGGCUACUGAUAGUGAACGCACACCAUAUUCGCUAGUGGAGAGUGGAGAUUGCAGAGAAGCUGACCAGACUUUUGCAUUGGUUGAUGAUUUCUGUUUUACGUGUCGGUAGUUUAUGUACAAUGGCAUGGAGCAUAGCUAGUAGAUCAAAUUUCCGGAUCCUCUGUUGUACUGUCCCUUUGUGGACAAGUUGUGGACCUGUUGGAUCCUUGCAAACGCAUUGUGAUCCAGGACCUAGAGGACAAAAUCAAACUGUCCAGCGAUUGUUACUUGGACCUUCC